UUGGAUAUUGAAGGAUAUCCCAGAUUAUGAUACAGUUACAACUUUACACCCAACAUCUUUACCAACUGUACCACUUACAAAAUGGGAGGUUCUGCUUCAUCAGCAUGGAGAAGACCAUUUUUUGCAUCCUAGAAGGAACUUUACAACUAGCAAGAGCUGUCCAUCACUUGUGUGCAGGCCGGAAUCCUUUACAGCACAUGGUGUCAUUGAAUCCCAUUGUGAAGAAAUUCCAAGUAUUGCCCACGAAUCUGAAGAUGUUUCUAGUGAGGAAACAAAUCAGUUAGCUAUAGAGCUGGAUGCCCUUACUCUGGAAUCAGUACAAUGUAAUGAUGACAAUAAAAUGCGAGAUCAGACUGAUGAAUUUUUCUCCUGGGCAUUGGAGAGAGCUGAAAAGUCAAAUAUUAAAGAUCGAGGUUUUGAAGAACUUGUGGUGGAAGGAAAGGAAGGGUUAAUUUUGGAAAAUGACUACCUUAGCCCAACAGUGACUGUUGGUAAACUGGUGAAUCAAGGAACAAAUGCAGGGUCUGAGGUAAUGGAGGAGACUUUGGCAGGAAGAAAUGUCUUCCAUUCAGAAUAUUUUGAUACUAACAAAGAGGUGGAUCAAACAUACAAAAAGAUGGAAGUAGCUGCAAAACCUGAACAUCUUGGACAGAUUGGAAGCAUGGAGUCAUUUGAAUAUUCUUUCACUAAAUCAAAAAGAAAGUCAUAUUGUGCAGAGGAAGAAAUGAAACUUGUGGUGAAGGAUAAGGCUGAGAUUGACUACAAGAAUCAACAAACUAAAUUUACUCUGGAGCACUAUCAGGGAUUGGAUAUGGACCUCGCAUAUUCCGAGGAGCUAUUUGAUGAAAUUGAUGACGAUGAUGAUAGUGCUAACCUGGAGACAAGAACAAUGCUGUGCCUACCAUUCUUAUGUUGGAGAAGGAGAAAUAAGCAUGAGAAGGAGCAGAAGACCCCCAACUUCUUUGAGAGAUAACUUCUUGCCUGUAGAGAUUUGUUAAGAUGGAACUAUUAACCUGUUUUAUAAUAAGUGGAGUUCCACAAAAUGUUGUAAAUUGUUUUGAUUGUUG